CGGGCCCACGUCCAUGCCCUUGCCGCAGUUCACCUCCCCGCCAGCCCCCACUUCCUUUCGCGCAGCGCCGGUCUUCCGGCUAGGCUCCUUUCUAAUUGGCUGGCUGGAAGCUUCCUCGGGACUCGGCCGUCCGGAGGGCGCGACAGCGGCCUCUCUAGCCGCCGCCCGUAGGUCUGGCCUCGCUCUUUGGACUGCGAGCUCUCUAUGCUGUUGGCGACGACAUGUGGCGCCUCCCGGGACUCCUGGGCAGAGCUCUUCCCCGUCUGCUGGGACCCGGCUUCCGGGGGCUGACUCCAAAGUCUACCAACCCAAAUGAGCCUCAGGCUGCCUCCUCCACUCUGCUGGUCCCUGUCCCCAGCUUUGACAGGUCAGGCCCCCAUGGCCCAGGCCCAGGCACGAACAGGGGCCCAAGGUCUCAUGGAUGGAAGGAUGCCUUCCAGUGGAUGUCUGCCCGUGUCUCCCCAAACACCUUGUGGGAUGCCAUAUCAUGGGGCACUCUGGCCGUGCUGGCCCUGCAACUGGCAAGGCAGAUCCACUUCCAGUCGUCCCUGCCAGCAGGACCUCGACAAGCAGAGCACUGCUCUUGGCGCAGACCCCUGGACUGUUUCCUCUCAUCUCCCUUGUGGCAUCCGCGCUCCUCACUCCGGAGGCACAUUCUCCCCAGCCCUGAUGGCCCAGCUCCCAGGCACACUGGCCUUAGUGUACCCAGGCUGGGCCAGGAAGAACCCUCCACUCGGCCUGAGAACCUCUCUUCGUACAGCUCCUUGAGGGCAUCUGGUCUUCAGGGUCUCUCUGAAGAAGACCCUAGUGAUCUCGGCUUCCUGCAUGCCAGCAGUAGCUUCAGAUCCGGGGCAAAGCCAGCCCAGCCUGUGCCCACCGGACAAAAGCAGGAACAAGAUAAAUCAAAAACUCUUUCCCUCGAGGAGGCUGUGACUUCCAUUCAGCAGCUCUUCCAGCUCAGUGUUUCCAUUGCUUUCAACUUCCUGGGGACAGAGAACAUGAGGAAUGGGGACUACACGGCAGCCUUUUCUUACUUCCAGAAAGCAGCAGACCGUGGCUACAGCAAAGCACAGUACAAUGUGGGCUUGUGUCAUGAGCAUGGCAGAGGCACCCCCAGGGACCUUGGCAAGGCAGUUCUUUUUUACCAGCUGGCUGCCAGCCAGGGUCACCGCCUGGCUCAGUACCGUUACGCCAGGUGCCUGUUGCAAGGCCCAGCCUCCACUUGGGAUCCUGAGUGCCAGAGGGCAGUGUCCAUGCUUAAGCAGGCUGCACACUCGGGCUUGAGAGAGGCUCAAGCUUUCCUCGGGGUGCUUUUCACCAAGGAGCCACACCUGGAUGAGCAGAGAGCUGUGAAAUACCUUUGGCUUGCGGCCAACAAUGGGGACUCACAGAGCAGAUACCACUUGGGAAUUUGCUAUGAGAAGGGCCUUGGUGUGCAGAGGAAUCUGGGAGAGGCUAUAAGAUGUUACCAGCAGUCAGCGGCUCUGGGCAAUGAACCUGCCCAGGAAAGGUUGCGGACCCUCUUUUCCAUGGAAGCAGCGGUUAAAGCCCUGGGGCCCAGCGACUUGGCAGUUAAAGGAUUGAAGUCCUUCUCCAGCCCCUCCCUCUGCAGCCUCAACACCCUGCUGGCGGGAGCCUCACGCCUCCCACAUGCCUCGAGCACAGGGAACCUUGGCCUCCUCUGUAGAAGUGGGCGUCUCGGAGCCAGUCCCAGGGGAGCUCUUCCCCCACACAACUACCCUUUGGAAAGGAGUCUCGUCAGACUGGGUUUUGGCUAAGAUUUACAGUGUACAUCAGCAUCUUUAAGGUUCCAAGAAGUCCUGCAGUAAAGAACUUGGUUAACCCCAUGUUUGCCAGCCUGAGCCAAGCACAGAGCCCAGCCACACACAGAUUGCCGAUCAAACUUCCUGGGGCACCUUCUGUAAAAUGUCAUUUCCUGCCCUCCUGUGGGACCCUACUCUCCAGUCUCCUCCCCUCCUCUUGUCAUUUUGGCUUACCGAUUCCUUCUGGGGAAGGAGUGGCAGUUCAGACAGCCGUGGGACAGCGGGCGUCCCGUGUUGAGGGCCAGAUGCAGCUCUCCUUCCCCCUCAGUAAUUACAAGUUAAGUACUGAUUCAAUUUGGGGUGCUAAACGUGGAGGUAGGAUAUUUUUAAGCUCUCCUUGUGGAAAGGCAGGAUGGAAGAGUCGUGAGAGCAAUGUUGUCAAGGGACCAGAAAUCCUUGGCUGUUCAGUCACUGCGGUCUCCGUCCAUCCCCAAGGGGUGGGCCUUCAUCCACAGACCCAGGCACUGCUGUGCUUUCGCCAUUACAAUUCCAUUGUUAAUGACUUGUCAUCAGUGCCCUGAAAGGAAAUAUGAGGUGGGGAGGACAGGGGAGUGGCCCCUGCCUGGGUUAGGUACAGGGUGACCCAAGUUUUAGGACCUGGUGCCCUUCGGCAGUGAGACUUUUGUGCGAGGCUGUGCUGACUCAGUUCCCUUAUCCAGAGAUGUUGCUUUCAGGGAUCCGUGACACAGUACAGACAAGGCUGUUCGAUUCAUUAUAUCUUCAGUGCUAAUACAGUGCAGGGUGCUUAGUAAAUGUUCAGUAAAUAUCUAUUGAAGGAAUGAGUGAUUUUAUGCAUUGCCCCCUUUCCACCCAGUUCCUUGCACCAAGCCUACCUAGCACAUAGUAAGUGCUUUAAAUAUUUGUUGAAUCCAUGAUUCUGUAUACUCCCCACUGGAAGAAGUAGCUUCCAGUG